AUGGUAGGGGAGUUUCCAGCUUUAGAUGAUGAAAGAUACAAAACUUUUCACCACCAACGUAAAUGCCAGCAGAAGAAAAAGUCAUUCUUUAAACAGGUUUUCCAAAAGAAAUCCCAGAAGAGAGACUGUGCUUGUUCACAUGUAGAAGCCAUCCCGGUGUCAUCAAAUAAAGCUAGUGCUGAUAUUAAAACAGUAGAAGUUUUGAAAGCUUUGGGAACACAUGUAUGGCCAAAGGAUGAAAAGGGAAUUAAACCCAGAGUUGUUAUUGCCCUUUCUUUGCUAGUUGGGGGAAAGGUAUUAAAUACUUGUGUACCAUUUGUAUUUAAAUCACUAGUUGAUAAUUUAAAUACAGUUGCUGGUAAUGUGUACAAUAUGGAUACAGGUGCUAAUUCCUUAAUAACAGUAACUACAGCUCUGGUUCUAGGGUAUGGUAUUGCCAGAACUAGUGCCUAUGGGUUCCAAGAAUUACGUAAUGCAGUGUUUUCGAAUGUAGCACAAAAUUCAAUACGAAGAGUGGCAACCAAGCUAUUUUUACAUCUACAUUCUUUAGACCUAUCAUUUCAUUUGUCAAAACAGACUGGAUCUAUAUCUACAAUUAUUGAUAAAGGAACAAAAGGAAUAACUACUAUUUUAACUAACAUGAUAUUCAACACAGUACCUCUUAUAUUAGAAGUAUCAUUAGUUGCUGGUAUUUUGUGGUAUUCUUGUGGUCUAUUAUACACGUCUGUUGCCUUUUCCUGUGUUUUUGCAUAUGGUAUCUUCACUUUUCGUUUCACAAAUUACAGAAAGAAACUGAGGAGACAAAUGAAUGAAUCGGAAAAAGAAGCCUCAGCUAAAGUGAUAGAUUCUCUUAUUAACUAUGAAACAGUAAAGUAUUUUAACAAUGAACUACAUGAACUAGAUAAAUAUGAUAAAUAUCUUAAAAAAUAUCAAGAAGCCAGUUUGAAAACUUCAAAAUCCUUAGCACAAUUAAAUUUUGGUCAGAAUUUUAUAUUUACUGCUGGUCUAGUUGGUGUGAUGUAUUUUGCAAGUAAAGAGAUUAUUUCAGGCACAAUGACUAUUGGAGAUCUGGUUAUGGUGAAUGGUUUAUUGUUUCAAUUAUCAGUACCAUUAAACUUUCUUGGAUCAUCUUAUAGAGAUCUAACUACAGCUAUAACUGAUAUGGGAAACAUGUUUAAUAUUCUCAAUCAAAAGUCCAAAGUUCAGAAUUUACCAGAAGCUCCAUUACUCAAUGUAACUUCUCAAGAAUCUGAUGUUGUAUUUAAUGAUGUUCAUUUUGAAUAUGUACCUGGUCAGAGAAUUUUGGAUGGUUUAAGUUUUUCUGUACCAUCUGGUAAAAAAGUAGCUAUCGUUGGUGGAAGUGGAUCUGGGAAGACCACCUUAGUACGUUUAUUAUUUCGAUUUUUUGAUCCAUUAAGUGGCGAUAUAUGUAUAAAUAAUCAAGACAUAUUAAAUGUAGAUAUUAAUAGUUUACGUCAAGCCAUAGGUGUAGUACCACAGGAUUGUGUUUUACUACAUGAUACUAUAUAUUAUAAUAUACAAUAUGGUGAUCUCACCAAAUCCAGAGAGGAAGUGAUUGAGGCAGCUAAAAUGGCCGAAAUACAUGAAACUAUUGAUAAAAGAUUUCCUAAACAAUAUGAUACACAGGUUGGAGAAAGAGGUCUUAAACUAUCAGGUGGUGAGAAACAGAGAGUAGCUAUAGCUAGAGCUAUAUUAAAAGAUCCUAAAAUUAUUAUUUAUGAUGAAGCUACAUCUUCAUUAGAUACUAUUACAGAACAGAACAUACUCAGAGCAUUAAAAUGUAUAACACAGGGUCGUACAACAAUAGUUAUAGCACAUAGACUGUCAACAGUGGUUGAUGCUGAUGAAAUAUUAGUUUUAGAUAAAGGCACAGUGGUUGAACGGGGUACUCAUUAUAGUCUAUUAUCAAAUCCUGAUAGUAUUUAUACUAAUUUAUGGUUAACUCAAAAUAUCUCACCCCAUGAAGCCUUAAGUGAUGAAAAUAAUAAUAAACCAUCUAGUAGUAAUGAAGAACUACCACCAUAG